AUGAUGAGCUUUAUUCUGGUGCUUGAGAUGAACGACGAGACGGCCAAUCCACCAGGAGUCAUUCCGCUAUUGUCAGAAUUUUCAGAUGUAAUAUCUGAUGAGAUACUACUAGGGUUGCCUCCAAUGCGAGACAUACAGCAUGCCAUUAACUUCGUUCUAGGAGCUGGAACUCUGAACUCCGUAGCUGAUGCCCUUAGUCGUCGCCAUGUGCUACUUACAACACUACAAACCAAGAUUGUUAGAUUUGACCUUGUCAAAGAGUUGUAUCAGGAUGAUUCUGAUUUUUGUGGAGUAUGGGUAGCAACUGUAAAUCAACCUUUCCACCGGUUCUAUAGACAUGACAGGUUUUUAUUUCCACAGGGUUCCUUGAGAGAAGCCAUAAUUUGGAAAGCAUAUGACGGUGGAUUAGCUGGACAUUUUGGACGAGAUAAGACAGUUAACCUAGUAAAGGAGAACUUUUACUGGCCUCGACUUAAACGGGAUGCCAACAGGCAUAUACAGAGAUAUAGAAUUUAUCACUUGGCUAAAUCCAAGGGUCAGAAUACUGGACUAUACAUGCCUCUACCAAUUCCAGAAGGACCUUGA